GGCAGGCAACGACAGGAAAACCAGGACUGUGUGUACGAUGCGAUGCCUGGAUUUCGGCGGAUGAGUUGGCUCCGGGUGUUUGGAGCAGUACUGGCCUUCUUCUGUUCUUCAGCUUUGCUGAAGGCAGCUCCUGAGUUUUCAGGCUACUUACAGAAGAUUUUGAAAAACCACACUGCCCAUGCCUGUGAUGGGGAGCAGAUGACAAUUAUUUGCCCCCACAAGACGUCCAUCAGUGUCCUUUCUGCAUUCUAUGGACGUCGGGUGCCCAGUCAAAACCUCUGCCCAACCACACAAGACCUCUCAUUGGAAAACAUGAAUUGUGUGUCUGCCACAGCCCGCCAGAAAAUGAUGGAUGAGUGUCAAGACCAGAGAUGGUGUCAUUUCUCUGUCCAUAGCCACGUGUUUGGCCCUGAUCCAUGCCCAGGGACACACAAGUACUUGGUGGUGUCCUACAAAUGCAGACCAGCCAAUCACCGACUCAAGACUGUGUGUGAAAAUGACAAACUGAAACUCCAGUGCCGGAACAAGUCCCUCUUAGCCAUUUACUCUGCGGUUUAUGGGAGGCCUUUGCGGGGGAAGCCAGAGUGUGAAUCUGUGAAUGGGACAGGACCUGACAUAGAGUGUGUGGCUCCUGACGCCUUGAGGAGAGUCUCCCAGAGGUGUCACAAGAAGGAGAACUGCACCAUUGUUGCUGAUAAAGCUACCUUUGGCGACCCCUGCUUCCCCAGGGUGAAGAAACAGCUGAGAGUCUCCUACACUUGUGUGCCAAGACAGCUGCUGGAAGAGGUGGGCCGCGACUCCCAGGAAGACCCCUUCUCAAUCUCGGACUACACACAUGGUGUUCCUGAGAAGGUGGGUUUUUAUUUUCUGUGUGGCAUCUCGGGGGGCUUGGUGUUUCUCCUCCUCCUCCUUGCCCCCAAAAUGGCCUUCCUGCAAGACUUAAAGGAGGCCUUCAAAGGCUCAGAACUGAGCGACAGCUUGGAGCUGGAGACGACCAAGUUGCAAGAUGAACAUGACGAAGAGAACCACGACGACAGCUCCUCCGACUCCUCCUUCCGCCGCUUCACCUGCCCCUACCACAAUGCCAACAACAUCUUUGGGCCAGAGUUGACUGCAGCCCUGGAAGGAGCGGCCGACCAGAGGAGCCGUGAAGGAGAUGAAAUCUGGAUACCUAAAGAAUCCAGUCCGUAUGCCAUCCACAAAAUUAAGUCUGCCACCAAAUGAGAGGGAAACGUCAUGCAAAGCAAGUCAGAGCUCAGGUGAACUCAACUCAAUGGUUCGUGAGGUUGGUUUGGUUACCUCCCUCUCCCAUUACCAACUCUCUGGGGGAAAGGGGUUAGAAAUGGCAGAG